AUGUUGAAAGAAAGCACUAAGGCGAACGCGUGUGGGUGGGCGGCCGCCUCAGCCGCCUCGGAGUCCUAUACGGGCCGCGGCUCUUCCACGUCGGGGUUGGGCGGGCGAACAGAGCAGACGCCCCGCUAUACUCUCGGGCUGCUGCAGACGCCGCGCAGCACGGCGGACAGCACUGGUGAAGCCGCCGGUUCCCGGAAGAGGAGGUGGGGUGCGGCGUUGCCGUCUCUGUCCGGGUCUUUAUCCCUUUCUUUUAUCCUCCUGCCCUCUUUGCUUGGGUCAGGUUUCGAAAGAGUUGUUACAAGCAGUACUUAUGCUGAAAGGGGGCAGCAGCAUCUCUUCGUCUUAGCGACCUCUUUUUUUCGUUCAGCCCGUCAGAACAAGCCGCCGGUUCCCGGAAGAGGAGAAUCAUAUUUUGGGGACAAAAGUUCUUGUGUAGAAAAUGCUAGUACAUUGAAUCUCACGAGUUCUUCUGUACGAGGCCUGAAUAGCACAUGCAUAGGAAGAACACCCCUCUCUUCUAGUAGAUCUGUUUGCAGAAGCCAUACCCCUCUUAUGGGAUAUUCAGUUACAUCCUCAUCUGCAGUCUCUGCUCAUACUGUUGCAUCGGUUAUUGUAGCUGUAGUAGAAGGAAGAGGCCUUGCCAGAGGUGAAGUAGGAAUGGCCAGUAUUGACUUAAAAAAUCCUGAGGUGAUAUUAUCACAGUUUGCAGACAAUACAACUUAUGCCAAGGUUAUUACUAAACUCAAGAUUUUAACACCACUAGAAAUAAUAAUGUCAAACACUGCUUGUGAUGCAGGGAACACGACAAAAUUGUUCAGUCUGAUAACAGAACAUUUCAAGAAUGUGACUUUUACAACUGUCCAGAGAAAAUACUUCAAUGAAACAAAGGGUUUGGAAUACAUAGAACAACUGUGUGCAUCUGAAUUCAGCACCAUUUUCAUGGAGGUUCAAUCAAAGUACUACUGUCUUGCAGCUGCUGCAGCUUUGCUAAAAUAUGUUGAAUUUAUUCAAAAUUCAGUUUAUGCUCCUAAAUCGCUCAAAGUGUGUUUCCAGGGGAGUGAGAAAACAGCUAUGAUAGAUUCAUCAUCAGCACAGAAUCUUGAACUAGUAAUUAAUAACAGAGAUUCUCGGAAUGGUCACACGCUUUUUGGUGUCCUAAAUUACACUAAAACUCCGGGUGGAAGUCGAAGACUUAGAUCCAAUAUCCUGGAGCCACUAGUUGAUGCCGAAACGAUUAACACGAGACUGGACUGUGUUCAGGAAUUACUCCAGGAUGAGGAGCUCUUUUUUGGUCUUCAAGCAGUUAUCUCAAAAUUCCUGGAUACAGAACAACUACUUUCAGUUUUGGUACAAAUUCCGAAGCAGGAUACGGUUAAAACUGCCGAAUCAAAAAUAACUAAUUUAAUCUACCUGAAGCAUACUCUAGAACUUGUGGAGCCUCUAAAAGCUGCUUUAAGAAGCUGUAACACACCUCUGCUAAAGGCUUAUUACAAUUCUCUUGAAGAUACAAGAUUCGGAAUUAUACUUGAAAAGAUUACAACUGUAAUUAAUGACGAUACAAGGUACACAAAGGGAUGUCUGAGUAUGAGGACCCAAAAAUGCUAUGCUGUUAAGCCUAACAUCAACGAAUUCCUUGACAUAGCUCGUAGAACAUACACAGAAAUUGUUGAUGACAUAGCAG